AUGACUUUGACUCUUCUCAAAGAAGACAAGAAUGCAAAUUUGGAAGCGACCGAAGAGAAUCUGGAAGAGAUCAAUUUGAAUGAACCAGAGAAAGUGCAGAAUGCGGAUAUUCAGCAAAGCUUGACAGCUGAUAUAGCGCAGAAUUUUUCACAGCUACCAACGGUUUUGCCUCAAAUGGCAAGCGCUGUUUUUAGCUCGUUUUCCAACAUGUUGAGUAUGAAAAGUCGAGAACAGACUCCUGAUGAGGUAAAGCCGGAUUCAGGAUAUCAGGAGGUACAGUUUCAAAGACCCGAAGAUAUCGGUGUGCCUUUAAUGGGUGUGGAUGAGAGAGUGAAAGAGGUAGCCCCGCCGCCGAAGGAGCCUCCUAUUUCUGGUACUACAAAUUACCGCAUCACAACAAAGAAGAAGGCAUACGCUCAAAUACCAGGAUUAAGUUCUCGUGAAAAUACUCAAAAUUUACCUUUGCAUCCCCCUAUGAACCAUUCUAGUAUACCGCCAUUCUUCACUCCACCUACUUCAACUAAUGUAUUAAAUGAAGGUUCGGGAUUGGAAACCGAUCCAAUUAGACCAAAGGAAGUUAAUUUAUUCAAUCCUGUACAUACUGAAACAAAUAACGAAGGAACCGCUACAGUCCAUUCAGUAGUAAACUAUAAUGAACCUAAUUUAUAUGCUAAUAAAGUUGACGAAAAUUUUGGAACUAUAGAACAUGCAUCUAAUCAAACUGUACCGUUUUAUGGACAAUACGCUCAAACUGCAGCGAUCGCUCAACCAACUCCACCUAUAAUUCCGCCUCCUCCUAUGUUCUCUAAUGCACCUAGGAAAGAUAAUAAUACAGUAGGAAAAUCAGUCUUACCACCAUCAGUUGCAAGGCGGAUAUCUGCAAAUCAUCCAAUAAUUAAACCUACAAUGUCACAAGCUCCGGUUUUCGCAUCAAAUAUAUUUGUGCCCAAUUUAGAUCCUUCGACUACAGAUAAUUUGCAGAAUUUAUUUAAUUCUGGACACAGUCAGUCUCAAAAUAUAGUUUCGACUGUAUUCACACCGACGCUUGUAACAAAAUCGCAACCGACAAUUUGUAAUGUACCUGCAACUCCUUUAGUUGCUCCAGCUGUAACACAAGCGUCAGCUGUUCUUCAGAAUCAAAGCGAUUCACAAUCACUGGCAAUUUCUUCAGCAUCAGCACCUAAUGUACCAAGUGACAGUUUUAAUUUACAAUCAUCGACUUGGAAUAUAACAGCUCCGCCAACGAAUGUGUUAAAUAGUACCACAUCUAUUCAUCGAUCUAGUUUUAUUCAAGAGAACUCUGCUGAUGUAGUAAAUUUACCACCGUCAUCUACAAUUUUUUUCAACCCAGGACCAUCAAAUUCAUUACCACCUAUAAAUGUAUUUACACCGACUUCUGCAUUUAAUCGCCAAAAAACAUUAUCUUCAAGUGUUGAAGUACCACUACCAGCAAGUAAAACUCCUAGUUACCCUGGUGAGGACCUCUUACAGUCCUCUAAUCCAACAACGGAAUCCACCACUACAAAUAUUUGUCAAAACUCUGCAUCUAAUAAUGUAUUAGCAUUGGAUCAGAACACUUCAAAUUUGAUAAAAACAAUUCCAUUGAACACUCAAGAUAAUAUUUUACAGCCUUCAUCUUUUGCGCAAAACGUUCCAGUAGCUCCAUCUUUCUUUAAUCCUAGCACUGUGAAAACUGCUGAAAAUGAUUUAAUACAAAGUAAUCAAGAAAAUGUUAAACAUAUUAUCCCGCCUCCGGUGGCAGAUAUCCAUAAAUCGAUUGCUGAACCACCAAAAGCAAGUGGCAAUAUCAAUUAUAGAUUAAAUAAGAAACGGCCUCAAUAUUACGCCGGUCCAAUUGAAGGAGUUGGUUCAAUAAGUAAUAAUAUUAAACCCCUGCUACCUACAGUGGAACCGAGUAGUUUUCAAGGUGAUUUGUUUGUUCCUCAACAACCGAGCUUAGCACCGAUCGAACAAGAAUUAGUAGCACCUAAUAUUGAACAAGCUACUGUGCCAUUUGAUCUUAAUAAACAAGAAAAUACUAUGUACUCACAAUUUAAUGUAUCUAAUACACAAAAAUUUGCGCCACCUAAUGUGCAAUCUGAUUACAAUACAGCAUUCGAUUUAAGUAGACCAACCACAGAAAAAUACCAGGAACCACCACAGGAAUCUAAAGGGUUUGGUAUUAUUGGUUCUUUAAAAUCUAAACUUAGUUCUAUAGAUAUAAAUAAAAUCCAGAAUACUGUGACUACAUUCUUUGACCCUGCUUACAAUGAGGCUAAAAAAGAAGAAACAUUUAACCAAGAAAAUAUUUCUCAUGGCCAUCAGUCUAAUGCACAAGCAUCAUAUGGCUAUAACAACCAGGAAUUUGAAAUAUUUGUACCUAAUGAACAGCCUCCAAUACCUACACAAAAUUACGAUUAUCAGAACAGUCAAAAUAUGUCUAAUUAUUUUGAUCACAUGCAGUAUUAUCCAGUCCAAGACUCAUGUAAUUAUUAUCAGAAUCAAAAACAGACCAACUAUUACACAAAUUUACAACAAAACUAUGUAACCAAUUAUGAUAAAGAUCCACAUACUUCAACUGUUGUGAAUACGGCAGAAGCACCUGUUAAAGAUAAUCUGCAUAAUGCCUAUUUUAAUGACACUAACACUACAUCGUUUGAAAGUAUAGACAAACAACCUAUCGGUUCAGUUACGUUACAUGAAAAAAGUGAAUACAUACCAAAUGCAAAUGUACCUGAGCAAGAAAUUGCUCAAAAUCUGAGUAAGAAUGAUAUUAGUUUGUCUGCUCAAAACUUUUUCAGUUUUAUACCACCAACAUCACAGGAAAGUUCGCUAUAUAAAACAUCUGAUUCACAGCAGUCUGUUAAUUCGACAGUUUAUGAGAAUAAACCCGAAAAUGUAUUAAAUGUGACAGCACACCAAUUUUUUGAUAAUAAAUUACCAGUUACAGAAGAAACAGUAACAAAAGAAAAUGUCGAACCUCCAUUACAAGAAACUUCUCAAACUGAAGUUAAAGAUGAAAAUAUUCUUCCUCCAGCGAAUUUUUUCAGUUAUGAUUCUACAAGCAAAAAUAGUAAUGACGAUGUAUUAGAAAUUACAAAUAUACAAACUACUGUAAAUACAAGUGUAAGAUAUAAUAAUAGUACUAAACAAGUUGAAGAGAAAAAUGAUAUCUUAGCAAAAGAAGCAUUAUUAUUGUCUGCAAAAAAUCAUAUUCAAAUACCAGAGAAUACAUUUUCUAAUUUUAGAUUUGAUAUUGACAACAAAGAUAAAGAUCAAUUUCCGAUAAUUCAAAAUAAUCAGACAAUUAAUCAAGAAAAUGUAACAGAUAAUGCUGAAAUCGAAGCACCGGUAGAAUAUAGCACAAAUAAUAUCUCUGAUAAAUCUUUAGAAACUACGGAGCUCGAGUUUGCUUUGAAAAAUGUGUCUUUAAAUGAAAUACCGAAAAACGUGGAAACUGUAUCUAAUCGUGACACCAGUAUCAGUUCUUGUGAAAACAUCACAUGUAGAGAUAAACCGCUUCGUGGUAAUAGUCAGGAAAACGAUAGUGUAUCUGACUUUAAUAUAUGCGAAACAUGUAGAGAAGUUAAUAAACCAGAGGGUAAAGAAACGGAUGAUUUAACUUCACAGAUGAUAGAAAACAUCAUAGCACCUAUACAACUUCUGAAUCCUGUAGAGGUUCCAUUCACAGAAAGUAAUACUCCAGUUGACGAUCGGAUUGAUUUUGAUACAGAACAAUGUGUAGAAAUAUCUAAUAUAACUGAAGAAACCAUUGAAGCUCUUCAAGUACAAUCGGCGGCAAAACUUUUAGAUAAUGAAUCUGGGGAUAAUAUUUCUACCAGAGGCUAUGGAUGGUGUACAGACAAUACAAUGCCUACUUCGAAAGAUUUAAUAGAACACAAUUACGCUUUCCAAAUAGAUCCAAAUUCAAUUGGCUUUUACGGUGGAAAUUCUUUAUUUUUUGAUAAUAUUCCCAAUAACGCUAGUGAUGAAAUAAAAGCCGAGUACAAAAAUUCGUAUGAAGAUACACCUGUAGUGCUACCCAGACAAAUGAGUGUACCAACAGCACCUCCCGCACCGAAUAAUGACUUUAAGUCCGAUGAAACUGGUGGUUUAGAUGUGCACUCUAUAGAACAGGAUGCAAAGAAAGAUUUUCCUCUCUUUGAAGAAUUUGUUAUAGAUCCCUCGGAAACUGAUGAUGAUAAAAUAGAAUAUAAAGAACGAGAAAGAAGCUCAGACGAUCCUGUUCCAGAAGUAGAUUCGUUUACUGACAGAGUAGAGAAAUUUAAAAAAAUGGAAGAAACUGCAGUUGAGGAAAAUGAUGACAUAUUUGAUGCGCAGAAGUCACAGAGAAUUGAUCUAAUUACUAUGAACAACCCUGUUAUUACAAUAGCCUCUUAUUUUGAUACUGGAAACUACGCUGCAGAAACUCAUUAUAGAAAUUCGAUUUCUUCUCCAUAUAAUCAGUUCCAAGUGGGUUCACCUAAUAUACCUAUGCGCAUUCCGCCUGGUUUUGAGGAUGAAUACAAGAGAAGACUAAGUGGCAUUUCUUCAGAAAACUUAUUUGUAAACACUAAGAACGAACCGUACAUUCCUGAUACUUCCACACAAAUACGUCCUCCAGAGAUACCAACUUAUAGUUCGAUUCACAGGCCUGAUGAAGAACUACCUGUAACGCAAGAAAAGGAAUCGCGCAAAUCGUCAUGUGCAUCAGAGAAACUAAUUCCUUUAGCUACUAUUUUUGGUGACAAUAUGGCUGUGAAGCAAACGGAAAACUUUCAAAAAAUAGAAUCUGCGGAUAGUCAAAGAUUAAACCUUUCCUCAGAAAUUCUUUCUUCAGAAAUAUUACCACCUCCCUCUACUGUAUGCGGAAUGAGUCAAGAACAACAUUUGCCAACGUUGGAACCCAAAACAGAAGAAAGUAAUGUAAAGUUAGAUACACCAUUAUUUGGUGGCACUUCUUUGACUACCGAAAUUCCUGAAACAUCACGUAGUUUUCCCGAAAUACCUUCACAAACAGCAGAAAAGAAGCAAACCGAGACAAAAAUGUUACCCGAUCCGGUUAGCUUUUUCUCCACUCCUGAGAAUCCUGUUAAUAAACAAGAAGACAAUGAUAACAGUUUUAACAGAUUAGCAAGUUAUUUUACGACCCCAACGAAUACCGAUCCAGCCAAGUCUUUUUUUGAGUUGAGCCAAAGUCAAAAUCAUUACAGACAUGCUUCAAAUGAAAGUAAACCGAGUUCAAUGGAAAAUAAUAGUUUUCAGCAAAGUAGUCAAUCUAAUUUAGAUCAGAAACAUAUCCAAAACAUUCCACAUGAUAAGUCCAUAAUAAAUCUAAUGAAGGAUUUGACGUCCUUUCAACACUUUGAAAAUGACCAAAUAGUCAGGAGAGUAAAUUAUUUCACAACGGAAUAUAGUAAUGUAAAUAUAAACGAAUUAAAAAUAGGCGAACCAAGCUAUAGUCAAAUUGUAGAUAAAGAAAUAGGUAAUAAAGUCACCGAUCUAGAAAAUAAAAAUGAUAAUAAAAGUAAAUUAGAGGAAAUGACAGAUGAUGAAUGUUUUCUUUCGAUGGUAAUGAAUUGUAAAUAUUGCUGUAACAAUUGGGCUUCAUUAGAUAAACGUUAUAAAGUUAGGAAAACAAUGGAUAGCGGAAAUACCGAGUCUAAACGAGAAAGUGAUAGUAAUAUGGAGCAGGACAAGCCUGGCGCUAGUCACAAAGACGUCACAGUGAUUUUUCAAAAUAACGAAGAGCGAAAUGAAGACGUUGCUGUUAUGACUGAGCAACGCUCUAGCGCGGAGUACACCCCAGUCAAACACCACUGGUUCUACCGUGUGGACACAGAGAAAAAGUCCACAUGGAAAGGAUUCUCCUUUGCGGACUCGAAGGCUUUGGAGGAAGCGUUUCAUAGCCCCAACCUGAACGAGAAUACCCUGGUGCCAACAGAUGGUGGUCGCUAUGACGUGAACAUCAUAGGUCGGCUCAGGGUAGCCGUCUAUUGGGCGGACAAACCGACAAAUGUCAGGAGGUGCAGUUGGUUCUACAAGGGUACAACGGACCCCAGAUAUGUACCCUACACAGAAGCAGUCGCCGAAAAGCUCGAGGAGGAGUACCGCCACGGCAUGACAACUGGCGAAUGGCACAGGCGCCUGGUGCUGCCCAACAACGAGUCGGUGGUGAUGCACGGCCCCACCGUCAUGGUGCAUCUGCUGCAGAGUGCCACAGACAGCUUUAGCUCCACACCUGAUCAUGGAGAUCGUCGAAUGCUUUUAUGUAUGUACUUGGAUCAGAAACCGAGGUUUAUGAAAGAUCUCAUAAAGACCCAUGAGGAGGGAAGGGUAUUUUUAGUAGCGGGAACUAUAAUACCCAUUGAUAGCAAUGUAGCAGAAAUACCUUUUCCUAUCCUGAAUCCCCAGCUGUUCAACUUCGGCAAACGCGUAUACCGAAAUCCAAUAAAGAUUAAGGUGUCAGGAGACCAGCCCGAGAAAAUAGACCACUUGCUGCUCUUGGUUCACGGCGCGGGAGAGUACAGAAUACAGAAGGAGAAGACAGUUAUGGAUGACUUUAGAGCCACCAGUCUACAACUGCUGCAGUCGCAUUACAGGAAUUCAUACGACAACGGGGUCGUUAACAGGGUCGAGGUGUUGCCCAUAUCGUGGCACGCGACGCUGCACGCGGGCGAGGCGGGCGUGGACCGCCGCGUGGCGCAGAUCACGCUCGACAGCAUCCCGAAGCUGAGGAACUUCACCAACGACACCGUACUCGACAUAUUGUUCUAUACCAGUCCAAUAUUUUGCCAGACAAUAAUAGACACGGUGUGCGCGGAAAUGAAUCGAAUCUACAGGCUGUUCGUAUCGCGCAACCCACACUUCCGCGGUACAGUCUCGUUAGGUGGCCAUUCGCUUGGAAGCGUCAUACUAUACGAUCUACUCUGCCAUCAGCGGCCGAACGACAGCGACCCGUCGGAGAAGCACUACGUGUCCGGUACGGCCGGCACCGGACAGGCGGCCGUCCGGUACCCGCGGCUCGAGUUCUCGCCCGCAGCGCUCUACGCCUUGGGCAGCCCUAUAGCAAUUUUCGAGUGUAUACGCGGAGUGGAGUCCUUAGGCGCUGACUUCGUACUGCCAACAUGCAAACAUUUCUUCAACAUAUUCCACCCGUACGACCCUAUAGCUUACAGAAUCGAACCCCUGAUCAAUCCGCAACUGAAAAGUAUGAAGCCGUAUCUCAUCCCGCACCACAAAGGCAGGAAACGGAUGCACUUAGAACUCAAAGAGACGAUGGCGCGAGUGGGCGCCGACUUGAAGCAGAAGCUGUUGGAGUCACUGAAGACCACGUGGUCCAGUGUGUGGAGGACGCAGCCGCCGCCCAGCGACUGCCAGCUCGAGAAGGUGGUGGAAGAAGAGAUAGAGAAGGAGCAGCUGUGCGAAGAGAACAAAGAUGAUGUCUCGCAGGACAUUGAUCUGGAGGCGCCUGAUGUUCUGGGCAAGCUGAACAGCGGCCGGCGGAUAGACUACGUGCUUCAGGAGGCGCCCUUCGAGAUGAUCAACGAGUACCUGUUCGCCAUGAGCAGCCACGUCUGCUACUGGGAGUCCGAGGACACGAUGCUGAUGAUACUGCGCGAGAUAUACUCGAGCAUGGGCGUCCAGACGGACGGCAGUCUGCCCCAGCAGAGCCUCACAGUGCAGCGGACGCGGCUGCAGCGAGAGGAAGAAGCUCUCAGUUUGAGUACUACAGAUCACCCGUCGACGAGCCGCGGAGACACGUAUAGGAAAUGUAGUAGUUAACGUUAGUUAUAAACUUAUAGUUUUUAUGGCGGCGAAUGUAAAGAUAAGGGGGCGGGGGAUUGUUAGUGAUCCAGACUAGCAAGUCCUAUUGCUAGCACUGUACCCUGUUAGAUCGAUCACCACGUAGUCCUACCGGAAACAAUCGUGCUGUAUUCCAGGUGUAUUCAUCACGAUGGGCUAACUGACCUGCCUUUUCAUUCUCACUUAUUACUUCUCACUGGUGUCCCGCCAGUGUAUACCGUUAGCGCAGGCGGGCUUACCAUUAGAUUAUCCUACAUUAAAAAAAUAUAUAUAUAAAAAUUUAACCCUACAUUAUGAACUACAUAAUUCACUUUAUUAUAUAUAUAUAUAUAUAUAUAUAUA